AAGGUGCCAAGCUGCACGCUGGUGACCUCGACGGCCUCGACAAGAUUGUCAAAGCAGUCCCAAGCGUGGCUGCAGCAAUCGGGUGCUGAGCAUCGUGGUAUUUCAGAGAGAGAUCUGCAAAGGCUGGGUAGCUGCGAGCUCAAUGUCCAGUCAGAGCUGGUCAAGAGGACUCAAGGUUUAAAUAAGAUGUUUGUCACUCUGUCUAUGUAAUGUGGACCACCUGAUUGCCUGAAAAGAAUGUAAAGCGCCCAGAAUGGCACCCUACUUAGUUUUAUAUACUCCUACUUGGGACUCUGGGGUCGUUUACUAUUGGUUGCACUGUGCAUUCUUGCGCUGCACAGGCUGGGUUUGGAUGGAAACUCCUCCAUCGCAGAAGAUGCCGAUGCCGGUGAUCCGCCAUUGAGGCCAUGUCAACGAGACUGUUUGGAGGCGUGUGCGAAGAAGGGUGCUCGGGUCAUUGAGAUGGCUUGCGGCACGGGGAAGACCCGGGUCAUCAAGGAGAUAGUCAAGAACAUUUCCGGUAGGGUGCUGAUCACGGUGCCCCUUCGUGCUUUGCUGGAACAGUUUGCUCCAGACUUCCCUGGAUUUUGCAAAGUGGGCACGGGCUACAACAAGCAGAUAGACAUCAACGCCAAGGGGUUCAUAGCUGUGACGGACUCUGUUUAUUUGCUGAAGAACCUCGAAUUCGAUGCGAUUUUCGUUGAUGAAGCCCAUCAUCCUUUGCCGACUGGCAUGCCCAAGUGCGAAGAGUUAUAUCAGCUCUCCGCCACUCACAAAGAUGAGCCGGACUUUCGCUACACCAUGGGGCAGGCGAUCGAAGACGGGAUCCUUUCUGAUUACGACAUCACCGUGCCAGCGAUAAGCCGGCAUCAUUCGUAUGUGUGCCUGGCAGACUUGCUUCUGAAGCAACCUCGACGGUUUCGCAGGGUGUUGGCCUAUUGCAACAAGGUUGCCGAAGCAAAGCGCUUUCAAAUGGUUUUGGAAGAGCUGGGGUUGGCUGCUUGGCACAUCAACGCCAAAACGAGGCCGACCAUACGGCAAGCCGUCAU